UAUACUUACUUAUCAAGAGGAGAAUUAACAUCCCCUGUCUCCACUUUCUAGACUCCAGCUGACCGGAGCCGGCCGGAAGGGACGAGAGAUAAGUAGAUUGCUGAUGACGGGUUCGGAGAGCUUCUCAGUCGUGCUAAGAAUUUUAACAAAAAGAUUCGAGCUUUUAUAUGCAAUUUCCCGUUCCUGAAUUGGUACUGUUUAUAUAUUGACCUCCAUUGAUUAAGGCGACCUGGGAAUUGCACCAAGUCGUGUCUUUAUUACUGGGUCUUCGUCAAUUUGGCAUAUGUGCAGCUCAAAUUGAUAAAAGGGAGAACUGCUUUUAUUGAACUGAAAAGAAAGAAAAAAUGACUAGAGCUAGAAGAAAGACGAGGGGUAUAGACGUUAACAAGGCUAAAGAGUUCUUGAAUUACUUGUCGAAUGAUAAACCUUUGUUUCCAUGGAUGAUUGUUUUGAUUCUGGUCGGUUGGGCGGUCGAGAGAUGGGUCAUUUGCUUUACUAAUUUCCUUCCUCUUGCAAUUGCUGUCUGGGCAACCUAUCAGUAUGGGAAUCAUCAGGCUCAGAUCCAAGCUCAGGUUUUAGAAAGAAGAUUGAACCAAAUCAAGUUACAUGAAACACCAGUUACCCCAUUGGAACACUGCGAGUGGUUGAACAUAUUACUAAAUGAAGUUUGGCUUAACUUCAUUAAUCGAAAGCUUUCUCUUAGAUUCUCAUCCAUGGUUGAGAAACGCUUGAAGCAUCGAAAACCUCCAUUUAUAGAGAAGAUUGAACUGCAAGAAUUCUCACUGGGUUCUUGUCCUCCUAGCUUGGGUCUUCAUGGAACUCGCUGGUCAAUGUCUGGAGACCAGAGAAUUAUGCAGAUGGGUUUUGAGUGGGAUACAAACGACAUGAGUAUUCUGCUAGCUGCCAAGUUAGCCAAGCCAUUGAAGGGGAUGGCAAAGAUAGUUAUAAACAGUAUUCACAUUAAGGGAGAGCUUGUUUUGAGGCCAAUUCUGGAUGGAAAAGGCGUCUUGUACUCUUUCUUAUCAUCUCCCGAGGUUAGAAUCAAUGUUGCAUUCGGAGGUGGUGGAAGCCAAUCUUUGCCCGCAACCGAACUCCCUGGUGUUUCUUCUUGGCUUGUCAAGCUUCUAAAUGAUACGUUAGAGAAGACAAUGGUUGAACCUCGUCGUCGCUGUCUGUCUUUGCCUCCGGUUGACUUGGGAAAAAAGGCGGCGGGUGGAAUUCUUUAUGUGAAAGUAAUUUCUGCAAGUAAAGUUUUGAGUAGUAACAUGAAGGCGAGUCCUUCUAAAAGACAAUAUAGUUUAGUGUCGAAUGGUAGUAAUAAUAGUUCUGAAGGUUAUAACCCUGUUGAGAAAGAUCUAAGUACAUUUGUGGAGGUUGAACUCGAACAGUUGUCAAGGAGAACAGAUGUGCGGUCAGGAUCAAGUCCCAAAUGGGAUUCAACUUUCAAUAUGGUAUUACAUGAUGAGACAGGGAUUCUCAAGUUUCAUCUUUAUGAAUCUUCUCCUGGCAGUGUCAAGUAUAAUUACUUAACAAGCUGUGAAAUUAAGAUGAAACAUGUUGCUGAUGAUUCGGUAAUGUAUUGGGCACUUGGAUCCGACAAUGGAGUUGUUGCUCAGCAUGCUAUGUUUUGUGGGAAUGAAAUUGAAAUGGUUGUGCCCUUUGAAGGAGUGAAUUCUGUAAUGUUAACUGUGGGACUUAUCUUAAAAGAAUGGCACUUUUCGGACGGUUCGCAUAGCUUGAGCAGUUUCCAUCCCGGCUCUGCUCGAUCACUUUCUGGAUCCUCCUCCGGUUUAACAUCCAACACUGGGAGGAAAAUCUCUGUAACUGUCAUCGAGGCAAAAAACCUUAUUGGAAAUGAUCCCUACGUUAAACUUCAGUAUGGAAAGGCUUUCCAGAGAACAAGAACCCUGAAGCACAAUACAAAUCCUGUGUGGGAUAAACAGUUUGAGUUUGAGGAGUUAGCGAGUGGUGAGUGUCUGAAAGUAAGAUGUUAUAACGAAGAUAGAUUUGGAGACGAGCAACUCGGAAAUGCUCGUGUAAGCUUGGAAGGACUUGUUGAGGGAUCCGUUAGAGAUGUAUGGAUCCCUCUUGAGAAAGUUGAUUCAGGAGAACUGCGGCUUCGGUUAGAGGCCUCGAAGACUGACGAUGUUUCUUCGAGGGGCUCUACGGAUGCGAAUGGUUGGAUCGAACUUGUUCUCAUAGAAGCAAAAGAUCUUAUUGCCGCGGAUCUAAGAGGAACAAGUGAUCCAUAUGUAAGGAUUCACCAUGGUAAAAGAAAGAUAAAAACCAAGGUAUUGUACAAGACUCUAGAACCGAAAUGGAACGAAGAGUUUAAAUUCCCUGACGAUGGAGGUUCUUUGGUGUUGUAUGUUAAAGAUCAUAACGCUUUAUUACCGACUUCAAGCAUUGGCGAGUGCAUUGUGAAUUAUCAGCAACUGCCUCCUAACCAGCCAUAUGAUAAUUGGAUACCACUCCAAGGGGUGAAAACGGGAGAGAUUCACAUUCGAAUCACGAGAAAGUAUCCUCAACUCGAAAAGAGAUUAACUCUGGAUUCUGAACCAUGCUCGAGUAAAGCACAUAAGAUAUCUGAUAAGAUGAAACAAAUAAUGAUAAAACUCCAGACAUUGGUUGAAGAUGAUAACCUCGAUGAAGUUUCAACGUCUCUAAGUGAGCUAGAGAGCCUUUACGAUAUGCAAGAAGAGUAUAUGGUCCAGCUAGAAACCGAGCAGAAACUCUUGCUCAAUAAGAUUAGCGAACUUGGGCAGGAAAUCUUUAAUUCAUCUCCCACCUUGAGCAAGAAAUCUUCAAGCGGCUGAAUGAUUGAUACGGGAAGAAACAGUUAUUACGAUUAUCGACCGACCCCAUAAAUGUAUUUUAAAAUUGCACAUGUUUGUGAUCUGUAGCUUAGUAAAUAGCUUGUGAAGUGGUGUGUAAUUACUAUGAGUAAAAGUAUACUGCAUGAUUCAUUAAUAAUGUAUACAAAUAAAAGUCAAUUUUUAC